GCAGCCCGGCAGGGAAACCAACGCUAUUCGAUAAGCACUGCCAUUGGCGAAAAUGGCUACCUCAAAAAUCGACAAAAGCGUCCGAAUCUAAUGACAGUCGAAAAGCAGGAAGACUAUCCUGACAAGAGAACGCACACACGCUCUUUCCCUUUCGUUUGAAGGGGUCAAACCGGUUUCGGAAGAGGCUGGGUGAAUUUUAAGAAAAAUAAAAAUAAAAACUUGUGCCGAGUGGAAAUGGCGAGGAAAAAGAACAUGGAAGUGGUGGUAGGAUAGUCAGAGUACUCCUGGUUGUUCGCGCGAUAAGUCGCCAGAUCGAAGCAGUUGCCGUAUUCGAUCGGAGGCAUGGAGUAAUCAGCUCAAGAUGGAAUAGGAGGAGUGUCUUCUAAUUGCUCAAGAUGCCUGGAAUGCGUCUCUUUGGGAGGCGCUGCACCCUGGCAACAGAUGAUUUUAUCCUAAUUGGAUUUCUCGAUUGUUUUGCUUUUUUACCGUGGUUAGCAUGGACACCAGCUAUAUACGUUUCCUAUAUAAAGCACCGCUCCGAGUGCGCGUUAGUCCAAAAUACUGCACUUCUGGAUGCCAGUCUUCCUGGACUUUGUGUCCUGUUCUUUCUGAACUGGAUUCUUGGAGCCCUUUCGCUAAUAUUCAGUUUAAAAGGCACGAUUUCAGAGCCUGAACCUCGUCGUCAUGUUGUGACAAUAGUGUACCUGAAGCUCAUCGUCGGCAUUUUUGAUGUUGCAUGGGCCAUACUAGGAACAAUAGUCCUCGCCCGCAACAAUUUCUGUGAUAUCAUCGGUCUCUCUCUCUUAAUUGAAGUAUGCACAAUAUUCCAAUGGAUUAUUACUUUUGUGCGCUGCUUCGCCAUUUUCACUUGCUACGAUUGGAAUUUCUCGAAGCAUACGAAGGAUGGAGUCACUAAAGAAUACUUCACUACCCCGGUCAGGAAAGGAACCUUUAAGAAAUGGAAUCUCAGACUCCAGACACUAUUCUUGUGGUGUACGACUCCUUCGGAAGCUCGGAAACAGGCCUUGGAAACUGCAUCCGAGCUCAUGGCUCUUCUGUCUUGUGACUUGGACCUUGUAGCGUCGGAUGUGAUUGCUGGUUUGUUACUGUAUCGACAGAAAUGUUGCAGAAAAUGGAAAUCCGAAAAAGAAAGCAUCAAACUGGCGCCACCUAUAGUAUCAGCAGAUGGAGAGAAAUUAGAAGAAUUCCCACCCCCAUCAUUUCAACCAUGGAUGAAUCUUCAGUUAGCAAGCAGGUACAUGAAUUUAGGUUUGGGCGUUUUUGGAUGGGCUUGGUUCGUGUACAGGAACAUCACUUGUGGAUUUUGUCUGCUCUUCAAACGUCUUACAUGCUGUUUUCCAUGCCGAGAAACUUCUAAAAUCGUAUUCGGAGACAACUGCUGCGGUUGCAAUCUGGCCGGUCUCCAGGCAACCACAGAACUCGAGUACGAGGACUUGGUGCACGUAAGCUUCGUGGACAAAGUGUUCGAAGUUCCCUUCUUCGUCACUUACGACCACCAGACAAAAGCGGUGAUUGUAGCAGCCCGAGGAACCAUGUCCAUGAACGAUGUUCUCACUGAUGUCGCGGCGGCCUUCGCUUGCAUGGAUGACCCCGGCUGUCCCCCGGGGACCCUUUGCCACGGCGGAAUGCUCAGUGCUGCUAGGGAGAUUAAAAGGAAGUUGGAGGAACAUGGAAUACUGGAUCGAGCUUUUGAAGAUCAUCCGGAUUAUGAUUUAGUCAUAACGGGGCACAGUUUAGGCGCCUCAGUGUCUUCAAUACUGACUCUGCUUCUGAAGCAGAAGUAUCCAAAGGUCCGGUGUUUCGCAUUUGCUCCUUCACCGACACUGAACAAAGCUGCGCUGCCUUUCACAUUCCAAAACAUUUUCACUGUGAUCUACGGAAACGACAGCGUUUGUUACUUGAACUAUGAAAAUAUAAAGACUAUGGUCCUGGAAAUGGUGAAAUGUCUCAAAGAAUGUAAACUACCGAAGUACAAAGUAUUUCUGGCAAAGGAUUAUCAAGAAGAUGUCGAUACGGAAGAAAAACAUUGCAGAAGUGAGAUCGAUGAAAAAAAUUACGGGACCAAUUUAUCAGAUGGCGAAAACGGCGAACCCUUUAUGAAGAUCGAUCUAGAGAAAGGAUGCGAAUUUCCUGUCGUCACGGAAAGUGUUUACGUUGUAGGCACAAUCGUGCACAUAUGGAAAACUGAUGAAGGGUAUCGUUUAAAGAUUAGAAGGGCUGAUGACUAUAAGCCUCUUUCUUUUCGUCCGAAAUCCAUUCUGGAUCAUUUCCCUCAGUACCUCCAGGCCAGUUUGAACCAGUUGGGUAAAACUCCAACGCUGAGUGCAUCCUCUAUGCCUAAGCCAUUAAGCAAGGUGUGAGAAGAUAAAUGUUCAACAAUGGACAAAAAAGGAAAGUACUUCAUAUCUAAUGGAGACCAUGCCAUAGGUGGAAGUAGUGUACUUCAUUUGUGUAUUUUGUUGUAUCUGUGAUUUUGGUUCGUGUUGUGAACAAUUCUACAGUAACUAUCGGAUAUGUUAUAUCCAAUAAUUUUAAUCCGUUAAUCUCUUAAGAAACUUCGUGUUUCUUGCCAAUUCGUAUGGUUGUGAACUUAAUAUUCCUUGUAUAUAGAACUGUUGCCAAUGAAAGCGACCUUCUGUACUGACUAACAUAUAAAAGGUUCAACAAAACAUAUCAAUUUCACACAUAAUUGGUUUUGAAAAGAAAUUUCAAGGAUAAGAAUGGACCAAAUGAAAUAAAUAAGAAAACUAUCUUUACUAUUAUUCAGUGAAAGCAGAAAAGAAGUGGCUGCGACUUUUAAAGUUGAUGGAUAUAUAAUAUCAAACAAUAUAUUUAAGAUUUAAAAUCAAAUUUAAAUGAAUCAUUUUAUUAUUUAGAGUUAUGAUUUUACUCAUUAUUGACAUGUUAAUAUGUGCAAAAAUUUUAUUGUAAUUAAAACCAUUUCAUAUGAAAUGAAAAAAAUUUUCGUCAGUUAUAAAUGUAAGUGUACUGUAUAUGCAUAUUGAUAUUUUGUAGACGUUAAACUAAGGAUAUAUAUUAAGGAAUUAUUACUUUAAGAAAUUAGUUGUGAAGUAAUGCCAUGACAUUUUUUCGUGUUUUCUUUUAUAUAAUCAAACAAAAGCAUUUUAAAGUAAUAAUUCAAAUUUAUAUUAUUAUUUAUUAUUGUUUUAUUGAAAUGUGAUAAAUCUUUACUAUAUGAGAGUGAAAAAAGGGAGGGAAAAUUGGUUGAAAGUGAUGAUAAUUCUGAGCUUAAUUAGAAGCAGUAAUAAGAAUUUUUGAACUUUCUCUUUAUAGCUGUUUACAGCUUUGAUAUGCAUUGGACAUUUGUGAAGAGAUUAAUAUAUUUUCAAAGGCAAUAAUUUAUAAUUAUUGAAUAGAGAAUAUUUUAUAGGUAACGAAUGAAUUUUUAAAUUUAGAUAAUUUACUCUGAAAGUAUUAAUGAAGUAAUAUUCCUGAGAAUUUCAAGUAUUUUUUCAAUCAUCCCAUCAACAAAUAUCACCAGAUAUUAACGUGGGAAUAAAAUGUCUCUCUUCAAAUUCUCCCAAUCGCCAAACUGUGAUCUAUUUCGGUAUAGAAAUUUUUAUCCAUAUUGACACAUUUGGCGACAAUACUUAGUGCUGUAACUCUGACUAAUGGGAAUAAAAGGCACAUUGGCGUGUAUUUGAGUUAUUAAAUAAACAAAAAAAAGUUUUGAAUAUGACACUACAUGAUUAUUUUUUUAUAAGUAUAGUUAAGGCUUUUGAAAAUCAAAAUUUUUCUGAAAGUUUUAUUUCUUCUAAAUACAGACUACUUUAAUAUAAAGUAUAUAACUGAUCAAAAUGCAAAUUGUUUGUAAUCAUUACUGAAUUCACUUUAAUAUAAUAUUUACGAAUUUAGAUAAAAUCGAAAUUCUCUAAACAUUCUGCGGCUAGCUAAUGCAGAUUUCACAAAAUUUGUUCUUCGCUGUGAUUUUUUUUUUUUUUUUUAAUUUCUGUGAUUGUACUUAAUUUUCUUGUACUUCAUUAUAUCUCUAGAUGAUCAAACAUUCCAUUUUCAGCCACGAGAAAUAAAAUUAUUCCUUCUAUUUCUUGUUUUUAUGGAUGAAAUUUUCUAUGGAUGGAUGUUAUUUUCUUAAUUUAUGGAUGAAAUUUUUCUUUUAUGUAGACUUUCUCUAAGAUUCAAGAAAAAUUAUAUACUUAUUCGAACAAUUUUGUGAUUUAAAACUUUAAAAAUAUUCACAUUUUUUUUUAACUUUUAGACAUUUUUUUUAAUGUUCCUAUUUAAAAAAAAAAUAUCUCAAUAAAUAUCAGUGUUUGGAAUUCCGCAGAGAAAAACCAGAAGUCAGAUAUUGGUCAACGAAAAGCUUGACAGUGCUUUUUUCAAUGAAAUAUGAAAAGAUGAAUGGUUCAGAAAAGUUUAACUAAUGAACUCUAGGGAAAAAUCAGUAAAUAUCCUAACAUCAAUAUAAAUUAAUCCUCCUCAUAAAAUAUUUCAAUUAUUAUUGUAUUGCAAAUUAAUUUCGAGGCGCGAGUAAAAUAUAAAUGAAUAUCCACAUUUUAAUUAUAUGAAAGAAUACAAAUUAAAAUGAGAAAGAUUUUUAUAGUAUGAAAUUACAUGAAUUUUAGAACUAAGCAAACUUUUUCUCUAAAAUACAUAUCAUCAAGAUUUGGCAUAUUUCUGGACAUUUUGCUUUCUUUUUAAUAUUUAACUUUAAUCGAUUAUUUCAUAAAUAAUGAUUCGUACUGUUGAUAUGCUUUAAUUGUAAUCAGAUCGAGUACAAUCGAUAUUAAAAAUCUCUGUUAACGCUGAAAUGUCAAUUUUAUAAUUUCUAGAAAAAUAGAAUGCUAAAAUACAAAAGUAAUGUUCUACUUAAUACACUUUUUUAGUGUCAUUCGUUUUACCAUUUUCUAGAAAGAACCCGCCCGAAAUACUAUUGUUUUUUCCUUCCUCCAUAUUAUAUUCUGUCUUUGGGUACUUGAAUUUCAAAUCACCAAAUAUCCAAUAUUUCUUCGAAUCUUAAGGAAAGUACUUUUAUUUGUUUCAAUCAUUUAAAAAUAUAAAAACAGUAAAGCAUCAUUUAUACAUUAUUUCAUCACAAUUCCAAUAUAAUCCCAAUCUUUAUAAAAUUAAGUACUUCGUUUAUAUGAUCAGGAGCUUUGGUUAUAUAUCGUUUUAUCUAAAAUUCAUAAAUUUUCUCCAUUUAUCAUCAUUACCCCUUUGCUAAUUAGAGGAAUAUUUAUAUCCCUGCCGUUUCCAAAGGGAGGGCGCAAGAUAGAAGAUCUUAUGAGAAAUGGCUACAGUUAAUUCGAAGAUCAAUUCAAGGUCACUUUAGCGGAUUGCUGUGAGUGAUGAUAAUGGCGCUAUUCUCGAAUUUGUUAUAUUACUAUGUAAUAAUUCGGAAUUACUGAUAUUAUUAUGUAAUAAUACACUAAUUAUAGUAAUAAACCUGGAAAUUAUCUCUUUAAAACGAAUUUGUAUUAAAAGCAUUCAAUUUGUAAUAAUCUAAGUUGUUUAUUGAAAUUUCAUUUGUAUAUCUGUUUAUGUCCUAGAAAGACGUUUAAACGGUGCUUUACUAUUUAUACAUUUUUUCUAAAUUAUUUUUUAAAAAAAUAGGCAUACCAUAAAACUUUGAAUUUUAGAGAUUAUUUAUAAAAUGAUUAUUAAUGAAGUUUAAUAUGAUUUAUUAAACCGUACUUAACUGAAAAUGCAACACGACCUUUUUAAUUGUGAAAACUUUAUUUUGAAAGUUGCAUUCCGAGAUUACCUCAGUGUGUACUAAUUUCUUAUAUAUUUUUGUAAUUAAAAAUGUUUUAUUAUUAUUAUUAUAUAUAUCCUCGUUUGUUCUUUGUAUCAGCUACAGUAAAAAUAUUUUGCAUAAGGUUUAUUUGCCACUGAAGCUUUUAAAACUAUUCAUAUUGCUUUUGGUUCCAGCAAAAAAAAAUUUCCAAAAUGAAAUAUUGAUGUUAAAGAAAAAUUAUCUCCAUAUCAUAUUUUGUAUAACUACAUUAAAUGACACUAAAUGUGUCAAUUUGUUUUGUAAUAAAAGUGAUAAAAUAUGCUAUAAUUUCCGACAGAAAAUCAAAGUGUUAAAUAAUUUUAUUUUCUGAGUACAUUUUUUUUAUUGUUUCUUUAUUUUUCAUUAUUUUAAAAGACCAAUGGUGCCGAUUUUGAUCCUUUUUUAUAUAUUUUAUACACCGUCAAAGAGAUUUUAAUUUUUAAUUUAUAUUUUUGUACUUAUUUUAAAAAUAUUCCUGUAAAAAUUAAAAAGUUUUAUUUAUAUGCAAUAAUUAUUUGUUAUGAUUUUUUUUCUGUGUAAAUUUUUAUUAUCUAGUAUAAUCAAUCUAUAAAAUUAUUUUACCCAGGGCCGAGUGGGCUAAUUGGACUGUAGCUCAAACGUACCACUGAUUUUAGGACACCUAAAUACUGAUUUAAUUUUUUCCGUAUUUCGAUGUAUAGUACUGAUUUACUUUAAUAAUGAUUUUUUAUUUUUGCAAAAUUGCUUUGCAUUUAUUGAAAAAUUGAUGCCCUGGUGACAUUAUUUUAAUUUUUAUUGGAUAUCUCUUUUCGCUUAGCCAUAGGCGCUCAAACUCCUAGUUACAUUUCUUAUGGGGCAUUUCCUCAUGAUCAGGACGCUCAAUUUUGUUUAAAAUGGCACUGAUUCGAAUCUUUUUUAUGUAUGGAAAAUGUUAUAUGAUGAAAAAUUUAUUUAUUAUGUCCUUGCCAGUUUUGUACAUUAUAUUUUGUUUUUGUAUGUGAUAGUUUUUAUGGUUAUUGAAUACAUUUUAUUAAGAUGUAUGUAUUGAACAAGGUUUUAUGUUAGAAUUCGAUGCGAGGACGGUACUGUGAUAACGAAGAAGAUCAAACCGUUUUGUAACACUUAACUUAUUGUGAAUGAAUACGAGUUGUUCUCCUGGUCAAGGCGACAGAAUGCUUUUGUUAGAGAUUUCUGUACUGUUUAUUUCAUUAAAAGAUGAUGGAAAGAAAGCCUAAACGUUACUUAGUUGUAUUUUAUUAUAUAUUGUUGUAAAUGUAACUUUUUUUAUGCAAUAAAAUUUGCUUUUUUUUAAAAAAAAA